CGACACCAUAUUUAUUCAUGAGAACUACAAGCAAAGUAUUAUAUCAAUGACGGCCAAAAGUCAGUUUAAGAAAAGACUUCUUUACAAAAUUGGACAAACGGCAGAAUUCAGUAGGAUUGUUGAAUACCCGAUCGAAAGAAUGUUUGCUUAUAGGAGUUGGCUAAAGCAACUUAUUAACGCCAUAGAAGAUAUGAAGUAUCACGAUAGGGGCAAGAUGAUCAGCUUCGAAGUAUUUGAAGUUCAAUUGGCUUUAAUUAAGGUCAACAAGAUACUUGAAGCAGUAAAUAAACAAGCGGUAGUUGAAGAUUGGACUCAGUCCGAGGAAUUUGAUAAGCAAUUCGACAAUCAAAAGAUCGAUCUAGUCAUUGGUAAAGAAGAAGCAUAUGGAGAGAGCAUCGAGCCCGAAACUCUUACAAUGAAGGUGUCCUCCGAUAACCAACAAGAACAGAUCAGAACCGAACAAACCAACUUGCUCCAGAGUAUAAUUAAACAACUAAAUCUCAUCAAAAAUGGAAUUAACCAAUAUAUUCAGGAUAUUGCAAAGUUUGUACGCACCCAACUAGACAUGAGCCAUCUCUGGUACCGGGUUUUCAGCCAGCCACUGGCCGUCCAACACCCUAUAUUCAAUGGCAUCACCUCUACUACGUAUACCUAUGAAAGCUUCAUCAAAAGAUGGGAGAAAAGACAAAAAAUUACCAAAGAAUACCUACUUGCCUUGAAAACAGAAAUCCUCGAUAAAGUCGACUGGUUAUUAGCAGCAUUGCAGAUCACCGAUAUGACAUCAGCACUCCAAAUAAUCGACAACGACAAACUAUUGUACGAAGCAAUAGUGGUCAAAUGGCUCAAGCUACAUAAAUUUUGGUUAAAAGAGCUAAUUGGAACAAAAGGAGUCACUGACUACCAACGAGUGAUGGUUAACUUAUAUAGCAACAGUAAAGAGCAAAACAUGAGCAGAUCAUCUGAAAUUUCAAAUCAGGCUGCAACUCAUCCCAAAACUGCUGCAACUUUUCUAAACGCUGUUGCAACUCAACCGGGAACUCAGUUAAACCGCUAUCAGGAUAUCCUUGCCAGUUAUCGCUAUACGUGUAAACUAUCAAACGAGUUAUCCAAUAGCAGUAACUGAUCUUGUGGUCGAGUGAGAACCUCUGUUCUCAGCUCUGAGCUCCAAUUGAUCCAGUCUGCUCAUCUAACAAACCUACUAAUACAUAGCCCUUACAUACACAAUUAGUAAUAAAUCGCUUCCUUUGCUUAACAAUCUGUUCUUUUGCUGUUGCCAUA